AUCCGAAGGGAAGCUAGCUCGAAUGUAAGAACAGCUCUCACAUGGGCCCCUGAGGGAGAGAGAAGAAGACUACCAAAAAACGCUUGAUGACACUCUGUUGAGAGAGAAAGAGAAAACUGGGCUGGGGCAGAUGGAAGGAGGGGCAGGUUGUUGCUAGUGACCGUCGUAAGUGGCGUUCUUUGCAGAAUGGCAUCAUGCGUCCUCCGGGGCACGGAGAGGAUAAGUAAAGGGAAAAAGAGAUGCUGUGCUAAUUAUAGAACUAUUGGAUUAAAAUGUUACCCUUGCAUAGGAUCUUUUGGAAUAGAAUGCAUGCAAAAAUGUCCAGAAGGGUUUUAUGGUGUUCAAUGUGCAGAGGUGUGUUCUUGUACCAAAUGUAACAAAACAACUGGGGAUUGCUUCAACAAAACAAUAACUUCAUCAGAAGAACCCCAUAGUAACAGUGAAUCCAUAGUAAGAUCAACAAUAAUUGGAGUAGGGUUACUUUUGGGAGCAGUUGUAAUUAUUACUCUGCUCCUUUUAUACGUAAUGAACAGAAAACUCAAGAUUAAAAAUGGUUUGUACCAAGAAGAAAAGGAAAAUUGCAACGAUGAAAAUUCGCCAUAUUAUAGUUCCAUUGAAGAUCAUGCUUAUCGAGAAUGAGGACAUUUUACCUUUCCAAAACUAGAAAUUUUAACAGUACUAGUAUUGUCAAUAUAGCUAUAUAAUGUAAUUUCAUAUAUCACAAUGAUGGUUUUUAUUGUUAUCAUCAUAUUAUGCUUUUAGGU